UGCUGUGGCGGCGGCGGCCGGCUCCCCUCCGGCGGCGGGCCCGGCAGGCCGGCCGAGGCGGUGGAGGGCCCCCGGGGAGGCCGCGGCCAGGAGGCGGGAGCGGCGGAAGGAGCGGGAGGCGCUGGAGAAGCGGCAGCGGCGUGGCGGUUCCUGCGGCCGGAGCGGUGCCUGCGGCUGAUGGAGGUCUCCUCAAAGAUCCUGGCUCAGACACUUGGGUGGAGGUUUUAAGUUCCUUGGACUGUAAAUAUUCUUUUGAGCCUCAGGCAAUUCCCUGCAGCAUAAUCUGGAAGAGAAACAUGCCAAGCACCCUUCUACUCCAGAUGGAUCGAUGGUGAAGACUGAAGAGGAGAAAGAGGUGUUGGUGUUGGUAGAGCCAGAAGAUUUUCUUAAGUGCCUCUUUUCCCUAAGCCAGGCACUGGUAGUGCUGCAGCUGUGGGGUAGCAUCAAAGUCCUGUUCCUAGACACGUGGCAGGAUUUGGGCCAGCACGUCUCUGCACUGAUGAAGGCUAUAGCAAAGUGUCCGUACCAGAGGCAGCUGGAGUCGCAGGAGUUGCCUUUCUGCACUGAGGGGGCCUGGGCCAGUGGGCUGUGAGUGGAGGAGGAUGGCACAGGGCUUUGGCAGAUGUGGAAGAGACCAAUCCAGCAGUUUAAGGUCAGCUCUGCAACUGCAGCAGAUACAGUGGAAGCAUAUCUUUCCCCAAGCCUCCUGUUACAGGCCUACAAAGCAUGCAGCACAGAAGAUGAAAAACUACUUCUGCUGAGUGACAUCCCAGUGAAGCUGGAUGUCAGCAGGAAAGACUGCUGUGUUGGGCCAGACUUAUCCUGCCGCAUCUACCUCUUCACGGUAUCCACUGAUCCUGACCUUGUCCUGGACUUGAGCACACAGAGGGACCGUGGGAUGUGGUGGUCAGCCUCACUGUCUUAUCUGCCAUGACUCGGCAGCAGCUGAGCUGCUGCUGGCACGGCAGUGCUGCUGGGAGCCCGGCUAGGGGGAGCACCUGAUUCUGUUUCAGAACAGAGACCUGCACAUCAAUAAAUGUCUUGUUACAGAUGC